AUGGCAGAACGAUUGAUAAAAGAAAAAAUCAAGAAGCGGGAGCGCAUGUUUGCAUCGUUGAAGCGGCAUGCUCAAUUCUUGGAUGCCUACGAUUCGGAAACACAAAGCGGGCAGGUUCAGAGUAGGCUGGACAAACUGGAGAAAAAAUGGGAGGAAUUCGAAGAAGUUCAGGAGGAAAUUGCUGGGUUGGAUGAAAAAGACGAAUAUGAGGAGGAAAACAACAGGGUGUAUGCAAGGUUUGAGAACCUUUAUUUUGAGUUGCGAGCAGCUUUGCUGAGUCAAAUUGCCCCUUCGAUCCCAUUUGCACCAAAUUUUGACACCAGCGUUGCGCGGAAUCACAGCUCGAUUGGAUUUCAUUCUGGAGUACGUCUGCCGCAGAUUUCAUUACCAGAUUUUGAUGGAGAUUAUCGAGGAUGGCUAUCGUUCAAAUCUACGUAUGAAUCUCUCAUUCAUGAAUCGGCGGAAAUUAACGAUGUUCAAAAAUUCCAUUAUUUGAAAUCAGCAUUGAAGGGAGAGGCGGCAAAGCUCAUCGAGUCGUUGACGAUCACUGGCGGAAAUUAUGGUAUAGCUUGGGCUACUAUAACCAAACGAUAUUCCAACGAAUACCUGCUCAAAAAGCGUCAUCUUCAGGCUUUGAUGGAAUAUCCAAAGAUCGAUAAGGAAUCUGCUGCUGCAAUUCAUGGAUUAGUUGACGAGUUCGAGCAGCGUUUAAAAAUCCUCAAACAGUUGGGUGAAAACACGGAUAGUUGGGGUGCGCUGAUAGUACAUUGGAUGUGUUCAAAAUUAGAUGGGCAGACACUCCAGCUUUGGGAGGACCAUGCUGCAUCGGUUGAUGUACCUACUUUUGCUGUUCUGGUGGCAUUUUUAGAGAAACGAACACGGGUUUUAGAUGCUGUAUCAUCGAAUGCGAUAGAAUGCUCCAAUGCUCUUCAAAAAUCUACAUUUAAACGUCCAAAAUUAGCGGUUCACGCUGUCACUGGUAACGAGCGGGUCGGCGCAGCUUGUCCAUGUUGUGGUGACAGUCAUUAUAUGGCGCGAUGCGCGAAGUUUUUGAGUUUGAGUCUCAAGGAAAAAUUGGAGUUCGUGAACAGCAAACGAUUGUGCAGUAACUGUUUUCGAGUCGGACAUUGGGUACGAGAAUGCAACUCAAACUUCAACUGUAGGACGUGCGGCAAAAAACAUCAUUCUCUCAUUCAUCCGGGUUUUCCACCCAGCAACGGCGGGUCUUCUAGCAACACAGCAGGUGGACAAUCUUCACGGAAAUCUGAUGCGCAAACAGCAUCAGCAAAUGUUGCGACGAGUGGAGCAGAAGCAAACGAAAAUGAAAUUUUGGAGGACGAAGCAGUUGGAUCUUACAGUGUUGGAACGAAAAGGAGUGCAUCCAACGUGUUCUUGUCUACGGUUGUAUUAGCAGUACGGGAUCAGCAUGGUGAAAAGCAAUUAGCUCGGGCCCUUCUUGAUAACGGCUCGCAGGCAAAUAUUAUGAGUGAGCGAUUGUGCCAAAUGCUGAAAUUGAAACGGAGGUCGGUAAAUGUUCCUAUUUGUGGGGUCGGACAGUCAGAAUCGAGGGCCAAGCAUGCAGUCAGUACAAUCAUCAGUUCUAGAGUGACAGAAUUCUCGGUUGGGGUGGAUUUCUUGGUGUUACAGCGGGUCACUUCUGAACUACCUUCGGCUAGCGUAGCGGUUUCGCACUGGAAGAUUCCAGAUAAUUUGCGAAUGGCUGAUCCAGAAUUCAACACCAGUAGUCGGAUUGAUUUACUAAUUGGGGCGGAGCAUUUCUAUCGGUUCUUGUAUGAGCGCGAGAUGAAACGAAUUUCAUUGGGCCCGGGACUCCCCAUUUUGGUGGACACUGUAUUCGGUUGGGUUGUCUCGGGCAAGUGUGUAAACUCUAGCAAUCAAUCAGUUAAUUGCUACAUGGCAACUGCAUCGGAAAAUUUGGAGGAUAUACUUGAACGAUUUUGGAAAGUGGAAAGCUCUGAAGAUCAACCGCCUUGGUCUAAAGAGGAACAGGAUUGUGAAGCACACUUCGUUAAAACUCAUGGUCGUUUGCAGGAUGGAAGAUACAUUGUUCGCCUGCCAAAGCAUAUACAUUUCGAUAGGAUGGUUGGAGAAUCAAAAACUAUGGCAUUGGAGCGAUUUUCGAAGCUGGAAAAACGGUUGGAGCGAAAUCCGGAGAUGAAAAAUCAAUAUCACGCCUUUGUGAAGGAGUACGUGGACCUAGGGCAUAUGAAAUUGCUAAAGGAAGAGGAGUUGAAUGCAGACAUGGAUAAAGCUGGUAGUUUGAAAGGCUACUACUUACCCCACCAUGCAGUGGUGAAGGAAUCAAGCAGUACAACAAAAGUGCGCGUUGUGUUUGACGGAUCAGCCCGAACUGAUAGUGGUUUUGCUCUAAACGAUGCGCUUCUGAAAGGACCGACGAUUCAGGAUGUACUAUUAAGUUUGCUGCUGCGUUUUCGGAAGCAUGAAGUCGCCCUCGUCGGAGAUGUUGAGAAGAUGUACAGACAGGUACUUUUACAUCGGGAUGAUAUUCCUUUUCAACGUAUUUUCUGGAGAUUUUCUACGAAUGAGCCCAUCGAAACAUAUGAACUGUUAACGGUUACAUACGGACUAACACCUUCGUCUUUCUUGGCAAUUAGAACAUUGCACCAGCUUGCUGCUGACGAAGGUGCGAGCUUUCCUUUGGCGAGUGCAGCGCUAGUUCACGAUUUCUACGUUGAUGACUUUAUCGGUGGAGCUUCAAGUAUCCCGAAGGCAAUCCAGUUGCGAAAGGAGCUCGCUGAUCUCAUGUCAAAAGGAGGUUUCGUACUACGGAAAUGGUGUUCAAAUCGUCCUGAAGUUUUGGCUGGAAUUCCUGCAGAUCAGCUCGGCACUAACCUGUCGAUUACGUUUGAGCUGAAUCCUGAUGAAGAGGUGAAGACUUUAGGAAUUACUUGGGAUCCAAGCACUGAUCACCUACGAUUCGUUUACGACAUUGCAGAAAAUAGCGAUAUUUGGACCAGGAGACGCAUGCUUUCGGCUAUAGCAAAGCUGUUCGAUCCACUUGGAUUGAUUUCGCCGGUGGUGGUCUCAGCAAAAAUUAUUAUGCAAGAACUUGCUUUGCUGCAAACUGGAUGGGAUGCUCCUGUGCCGCCCUCCCUGGAGAAGAAAUGGACAGAUUUCUACGGCCAGUUGUCCAGAUUAUCAGAGCUACGAAUCAGUAGGUUUGCAUUCAUUUCCGGUUGGGUCAACGUUCAGCUUCAUUGUUUCGCUGACGCCUCCGAGUUAGCAUAUGGAGCGUGUUUAUAUAUACGUACAGUGGAUCGAACAGGAAAUGUGCGAAUCGAGUUGCUGUCUGCUAAGUCCCGCGUCGCUCCGCUAAAAAGAAUAACACUUCCGCGACUAGAACUCUGCGCUGCAAGGGAAGCAGCUUGUCUGCAUGCGAAAGUAGUCAAGUCUCUUGAUUUGACUGGUUGCAAGUGUACCUUUUGGUCUGAUUCUACCAUUGUGUUACACUGGCUAAAAUCUCCUCCUAACACGUGGAAAACGUUUGUGGCUAAUCGUGUUUCUACUAUUCAGACGCUGUCACAUGGACAUUACUGGCAACAUAUCUCGGGAAAGGAGAAUCCUGCCGAUUUAGUCUCUCGCGGUAUGUCAGUUGAAGACUUUCUUCAAAGCUUGCUGUGGAAAUGUGGGCCUCCGUGGUUGCAGUCGUCGGCUGAAAUAUGUCAAUCCAAUACCCGAGACGUGAAUUUCACUGAUGAGGAGCUGGAGACACGAAAGCUAGUUCAUACUGCCAUUGUUGUGCCAGAGCCGAAUGCGCUGUUCAUGAUGCGUUCUUCGUUGGAGCCACUUUUGCGCAUUGUUGCAUACUGCAUUCGUUUUACUCGCAACUGUCGGAAUGUCAAAAGUCGCAAUCGUUCCCCAUUUAUAACUGUCGAAGAAUUCUCAACGGCAAAGUUGGCUUUGGUCAAACUAUUUCAAGCCGAGUGCUUCGAGAAUGAUCUUAAACAUUUGCACAAGCACGGACAUGUCCAUAAAAGGUCUACGCUUAGGUUGCUUCGUCCUUUUCUUGAUAAGGCCGGCAUCAUUCGAGUUGGUGGUCGUCUUAGUUAUUCCGCCCAAGAAUUCACUACAAAACAUCCAACAAUACUUCCAAGUGUGCAUCCCUUCACCAGAAUGCUCGUUGAUUAUUUUCAUCGUCAAACAAUCCAUGGAGGACGUCAACUAACACUAGCGGUUAUGAGACAGGAGUUUUGGCCCAUACAUGGUAAACGAGUGGUCAACACCGUGCUUCAGAAAUGUCAUCGUUGUUUUCGCUGUAAUCCAGUACCCAUCCAGCAACCAACUGGCCAGCUUCCGUGUCCACGCGUUCGACCAAGUAGACCGUUCUCCAUCGUAGGUGUGGAUUACUGCGGUCCUUUUUAUUUAAAGCCUCCGCAUCGUCGUGCCGCAGCUCCCAAGGCAUAUAUCGCUGUUUUUGUUUGUUUCGCCACCAAAGCGAUGCAUCUUGAAAUCGUCAGUGACCUAUCAACAGUUGGAUUUAUGUCGGUUUUCCGUCGCUUCAUUGGAUAUCAUGGUGUUCCGAGCGAAGUUCAUUCAGACAAUGCUAAAAACUUCGCUGGCGCCAAGCACGAGUUAAAUGAGCUAUACCGCAUUCUAAAUAAUGAAUCGAACAAAAUUGGAACCGAACUUGCUCAACAAGGUAUUUCAUGGCAGUUUAUUCCUCCUAGAGCACCCAAUUUCGGCGGAUUAUGGGAGGCCGCAGUUCGCUCCGUCAAAACGUCUCUCAAGCAGGAAAUUGGUGUACGUCAGCUCUCUCAUGAAGAUUUCACCACGCUUCUUGUUCAAAUAUCGGCUGCGCUAAAUUCCCGUCCAUUAGCACCAUUGUCUGACGAUCCCUCAGACUUCGAUGCCCUCACGCCGGCGCAUUUUUUGAUCGGCACCUCUAUGAAAGCCCUUCCAGAACGAGACCUCCGCAGCAUCCCCACAAAUCGUCUUGCCCACUACCAACAGCGACAGCAAAUGUUCCAGCACUACUGGCAAAGAUGGAGCAAAGAAUAUCUUUGUGAAUUGCAAACAUCGAGCAAGCAUCUGCAACCAAGCCCAAUUCGUAUCGGUAGCAUCGUGGUACUACGAGAGGACAACCUGCCACCACUGCGCUGGCCUUUAGCCAGAAUCAUCGAGGUGCAUCCUGGUGAAAAAGGUAUCGUUCGCGUAGUGACUGUAAAGACAGCAAACGGAAUAUACAGAAGACCCGUAUGCCGAAUAUGUCCACUGCCAUCGGAACACAAAAAUGCCAUAGCAGAAGAGAGUACAGAAGGUCCUUAA